CAUUCCCACGGAGGAGGACACAGCUUUCCGCGAGAGCAUCGUCAACCAUUGGAGCCGGCUCGUGUUCGCUGCCCCGCGCAAAACUGUUCCCGGUAGCUCCCUCCUAGUUUUCAGCUGCUCCCGGCGCCUGCCCCCACAGGCGCAUUAUCAUUGCCCCCAUCCAUGGCAUUUCCGCUUGCAUUUCCGAAGAUUGCCAGCGCGACGGUCCUUGUGGCCCUCCUGGUCCUGGUGCCAGGAGUGAUGACGGUGCACCCCCCGCUGCUGCUCCCGAACAGUAGGUUCACAACCAAACGUCCACCCAUCACCGUGACGGCACAAAUAUAUAUGCACUCGCAUGCAUGCCUCGUGUUUGCAUUGCCUCGAUGCAUGCAGGCACGUCUGCAAUGGCGCCGGGAGAUGACGCGUCCUCGUUCUUGCUCCGCGGUGCCACGAACACCAUGGGGUGCGGUGAAGACUGGAAGUGCGACGGCAAGAAAGAGGGCGACGCCUGCGCCACAGUCAACAUCGGCAUUGAAUACGUUCUCACGUGCACCUGCAAAAAGAGUGGCAGCUUCUUCAACAAGCGACUCGCGUGCGUAUGGUAGUGCACAUACCCACGAAUCACCAGGUAAGUUUGUAGCAGUCGCAUGCUUUCCUCCCUACGCCCUAUCUACGGAUGGAUGUGUCUCUUCGUUUAAUUAUCGCUGCAGGCACGGCUCGGCCGCCCCGCAUGCCCCUUUUUCCUUUGGCGAAGAAAAGCCAUGCAUUCGGGAACAGAUAGAGGAGAGAUCGGCUGUGUGUGAGUGAAUGCGCGUGUGAGAACGUCUGGCUGUCUGUCUGCCUGGCUGGCUGGCUGGCUGGCUGCUCGGCAAUGUAUGGCUGUGUGGCGGGGACAGAAGGAUGGGAUGCGAGAGACCUGGCCGUUUCAUUUCGUUUGUGCCUCAACCAAAGCAUUGGUGGUUGGACUCCAUGCAAAUCCAC